AUGUCACAGUAUCGUCGCUUCGUAGUUGGAAUUUUGAUAAUUGUUCUUUUGACGCGAUUUUACAAAAAAGUGGCAUUCUAUAAAAAUGAAGAAAACGACAAGUUAUUUUCUGUCAACAAUGUCCAACCUAGUCAGGAGCCUGUGAAAAAGAUUCUAUUCUGGUAUGAACACUACACAUUGCGUAAAGGACAAAAUCGCAUCAGAGUCGGAGUUGGACAAGGACCAGCUGGUAUUUCAUCCGACAGUCAAGCCCUUCGCCUUUCACACUGUCCAUACCAAUGCGACAUAUUCAACCGCGAGCGUAUUGUCGAUUGGGAUACGUUAAAAUAUUACGAUGCUAUCGUCUUUCAUCAACACGGUUGGACGCCAAACGAUGUGCCCAUGAAAAGGUGGCCACAUCAGCACUACAUCUUCUUAAGUAUGGAGUCAUCUGCAUGGAGAUUUGUGGACACUAAAUCAAUGGCAAACUUUUUCAAUCGCACAAUGACGUACCGCAGAGAUUCGGAUAUUUUCAAUCCGUAUGGCUGGUUCAAGUCCGCUAAUCAAGCCGUUAUUUUUGACUCGUCACAAUUCGAUCUAAAGACAUUACCACGACUAUUGCAGGAAACCCAUCUCGAUUCAGCAGUCAAUUACGCAACUGGAAAAACCAGAAAGGUGGCUUGGUUCGUCUCCAACUGCAAAUCUUUGAGCGCUCGAAACGAAUACGUCGAUCGACUGAAAACUUUCAUUGAUGUCGACAUCUAUGGGCAGUGCGGUAAUAUGAGUUGUUCUCGUUCAAAUCCCGAAUUGUGUCGUCAAAUGCUGGAGCGUGAUUACAAAUUCUACCUCUCACUGGAAAACACACUGUGCGAAGAUUAUGUCACGGAAAAGUUUUUCGAUCAGAUGCGCUACCACAUAAUUCCGAUCGUCUUUGAUCUACACGGCCACCACGCACGAAUGGCUCCCCCACACUCUUACAUUAAUGCAGCCGAUUAUCAGUCCGUCCGGGAGCUGGCCGAUUAUCUGACUUUGCUAGAUGGAAACGACAUCCUGUAUAACGAAUAUUUCUGGUGGAAAAAGCACUAUGCCAGUGUAGGCUCCGACGAUACCAGGGAGGGAAUGUGUCGGUUGUGUGAUUUACUUCACGAUUCCACAGUUUCCUCGAAGACUUAUCGAAAUAUGACUGAUUGGUGGGACGUACAGUCGAAAUGCCAAAGCCUUACCUUCAUGGACAAAAACACUUCUAUAAAUGACUCGAAUUUCUAUUGGAAAUCUUUUCUUAUCUGA